AUCCCUCACCCGCCUCCUGCUCCACUGCCUGCCUCAUCGCUAAUCAUAAAGCGCUUCUGGCAAGGCCGCUGCUUUUUGCACAAGCGUGUUUUCCUAUUUGAAUUGCAAAACCCUAACUCGAUUUCGUGGUGGCUAAACCCCGAAAAAGGUUUUGCCUCGCUUGCUAAUUGAGAGGAGAGCCCAGACCUGUGAUUUCAAGAAUCAAAAUUCACGCUCUCUCAAGGCUUCACUUUGAUUAAUUUGUGAUGGAAAAGGACACCUCUUUUCUCUUCUCCGGUAUCACUUUCAAUCGCAAAAAGUUCGCUCCUGAUUUCGCCAGAUUUCAGGAUAAGAAGGAGGUUGACUGCGCAACAGAUGAACCGGCUUUGCUCGAAAAUGCGGAUCUUGAAAGCGAGCAAGUUGCGAUGGUGCGUACUGAUAAGAAGAGAAAGAGAAAAGCAACUUCGGACCCAGUUGAAGGGUUUAGUGUGUUCAAAAGUUCAAAAUCAAAAAAAGCAAUGGAUCAAAUGGAAGAAACCAAUGAAGACAAACUUCUACUUGGGAAGAAGGAAUAUCACCGUCAAUUGGAGAGGGAUGCUCUUUUCCGGAAGAAACAUAACAUUCAUGUUUCUGGGAGUAACAUCCCAUCACCCCUUCAGAGCUUCACAGAGUUGAAAUUAAGGCAUAACUGCAAAUCAUACUUAUUACGCAAUUUGGGGGAACUGGGUUUUAAAGAGCCGACACCGAUCCAGAGGCAGGCUAUUCCAGUCUUGUUAUCUGGAAGGGAGUGCUUUGCUUGUGCACCUACUGGUUCUGGAAAAACUUUUGCAUUUGUCUGCCCAAUCCUCAUGAAACUUGAGCGUGCUUCAAAGGAUGGCAUUCGGGCAGUGAUCCUUUGCCCAACACGUGAAUUAGCAGCUCAGACUACUCGAGAAUGCAAAAAGUUGGUUAAAGGCAAGAAGUUUUACAUCAAGCUAAUGACUAAGCAGCUCACUAAAAGUGUUGAUUUUUCAAAGCAGCCUUGUGACAUUCUCAUAUCGACACCUUAUAGGGUGCACUAUGCAGUUCGCAAAAGAAAGCUUGAUUUGAGCAAGGUCGAAUUUCUUGUCCUGGAUGAAGCUGACAAGCUUUUUGAAUUAGGUUUGGUGAAGCAGGUUGAUGCAGUGGUGAAAGCAUGCUCAAAUCCUUCAAUAUUGCGCUCUCUAUUUAGUGCUACUUUACCUGAUACCGUUGAAGAGCUUGCACGUACAAUUAUGCAUGAUGCAGUCCGAAUAAUUAUCGGUCGAAAGAAUUCUGCUUCUGAAACAAUUAAGCAAAAGCUCGUGUUUGUAGGAAGUGAGGAAGGCAAGCUUCUUGCUCUUCGCCAAAGCUUUGCUGAGAGUUUGAACCCCCCAGUGCUAAUUUUUGUGCAAAACAAGGAGCGAGCUAAAGAACUCUAUAAUGAACUGCGAUAUGAUGAUAUCAGAGCUGAUGUCAUACAUGCUGAUCUUCCAGAAAUGCAGAGAGAAAAUGCUGUUGAUAAUUUUCGAUCUGGGAAAACAUGGGUAUUGGUUGCCACUGAUGUUAUUGCGCGGGGCAUGGACUUCAAAGGCGUCAAUUGUGUAAUCAACUAUGAUUUUCCAGAAUCUAUGGCUGCAUAUGUUCAUAGGAUUGGGCGUUCUGGGAGGGCUGGGAGGAGCGGAGAAGCAAUAACUUUGUAUACUGAGGCCGAUGUCCCUUAUCUACGGAACAUAGCGAAUGUAAUGGCAGCUUCGGGGUGUGAGGUUCCUGCUUGGAUCAUGGCCUUAGCCAAGAAAAAAUGGAGGAAGUACAGGCCUCAUAGGGAUGCCAUUUCUAACAAGCCUCAAGAUUAAUUCAUACCAAUACAUGAUAAGAUCAUAUGGGUCCAGAAUUUCUACUGAUCUCCUUGUUUUGUUUGUAAUUUUCGUGCCAAUCGCAUAACAUAAUUUCAUUAUUUAACGUUCUUUGAUUUCUAGUUAUCAGUUAUACUAGUAGUAUGUAAUAUUGGAUUGUCAGGUUUGAAAUGAAAGCAAAUGUUUUAUACCAUUA